UCGAAACCCAUAUCCAACGCAAUGAACAACAAAGUUCCAACACAGCAAAAAAUUGCAAGCCAAGCCGACCGAGAGUGAGCCCCAUUGAGUUGAAGGCCUUGAGGAGCCAACAAUCGUAUAACUAUGUCUAUGAGGAACAAACUGCCAGUUCAUCGAGCAGCCGCUGAGCGACGGCUGGCUCAUAUCUUCGCCAGUCGCGCCUUGACCAACGGUCACCUUCAGAGCAUGCAACGGAGUGGAAAGGACGGAGGAUGAUGAGACGAAGAGCCAUGACCAUCCAAAGCGUUCCAUCCACCCCUGCUAAUUCCAACGAGCUUGGAGUUGGUCGCUUUCCGAAUUUAAGCAGGGAUAUUCUCCGUUUCUCCGGGGACUUUCCCCACAGCGAAUGAAGAGAGUAGCAACCCUCUGUGCGUAUGCUGCGAAGACGAUUCUUCGGACGGCCUGAAUUCGAGAGAAAAAAACGAUGGCAUGCUUUAUAGCUAGUGGGAGUUGUAUAGACAUGUUUGAGUUUGAUGGGAUUGAUCGAUCCAUCACGGCACCCCACAAGCUGACCACUUACACGCACCGUUCAUGGCAACUGAUAGUCAAGCUAAGCAGAAAUCGGCUCAGUCGAAACCGAGGGUCCCCCUUGCCAAUUUCCCGACAAUCAAAGUCAUACAACCUCCGAAAGGGAAAUUCUCUCCGAGAAAUGAUCAAUGGUGCUUGACGUAUUGCUCGCAAACCGUUGCUGGACGCACACAACACAAGCAACCUUUCUGCCGAUCCAUAUGCAUCCGCAAGGUCUUCACACACGAAGUGCAAAACAUCCUCCAAUUCAAGAGCCACACGGAGGUUGGACCUGAUGGCAAAGCGCGUUUCCCACUGCCUCAAGAAGGCCAGCCCAUCAAUCUGCCUCGAUAUCUGGGCGGUAAACCUGUCGACGAUCCAGAACACGAUCGCAGGUUACCUUCAGACGUGAGGUACUGGGAAGAGGGUUGGUAUCUGUGGAAGGCGAAUGGUAUCCCCGCCGUAUACCACCAGCUUUCGCAGGUCGCGAUGGAUCUGCCUAGUCUGUUCAGAACGAGCGAGGCACGCAAGAAUCAACAGCGGCUGCGACAGGAAUACGACAAAUACGUGGAGUCGGGUCGCCCGGAGGCGGAGAAGGAGAAGUGGACGGGGCAGGUUGUGCCGCCCAAUCUCGGAGAUCCUGCACCCGACUCGUUGCUCAUUCCUAUCCCCUUCGAUUCUGGCCCCUUGCUGGAACCCGUGUGGAAUGUCCUUGCCCCAGCCCGUCACUCCGUCGGCUUACUUCGCGAGAAUCUCAAAGAGGGGAACUUCGAGAAGUUUGGACUUCGUGUGUGGGAUAAGGCAUGGUCGGGUGAACCACUCAUGCUUGCGAGUCGAGCUUGGAAUCUUGCCUACGACCGGUGGAAGGGCAACGAUAAGGAUGAUGAGAAGGGAAAGAAAGCAUAGGACGAUACCCGCCGCCGACGCCUUGUAGCAUUAGACAUUCAUUUGACAUUACUUACGCAGACAUACUGCAUAGACGCAUGCACAGUAACAUAUUCACCUAUCCUACACGCCCUGCUCAUGAAUUUGUUCGCGGAGCCGCUCCCGCUGUUUCUCGUACUUUCGCUAAGCACGUGGCGCUCAGAUGGCUUUGUCAGAGUAGUCCAUUCUGACCACUCAAAUAUGCCGAGACCCCAAGUCGCGCUCUCUAUAGCUCUCCACACCCACCGAUCCCAACAUAAUGGCCAAAGCAAACGCACCCAUUGAAAUCCAAAGCGUCAAGCAUUGGAAUGAGACGCUCCGCAGUGCCAACGCCGCCGGAAUGACUACCGUCGUGGACUUCCACGCAACUUGGUGUGGGCCUUGUAAAGCCAUCGCCCCCAGAUAUGUCCAGCUUGCAUCCGAGAACGAUCAUGUUCGAUUCCUACGCGUGGACGUCGACGCACAGCGGGCCAUCGCGGCGAAAUACAACAUCUCCGCCAUGCCGACCUUUUUGGCUCUGAAGCAGGGCCAGGUUUUGGAGACAGUGCGGGGCGCCGAUCCGCAAGGCUUGGCGCGCAUGAUUGCGGUGCGCGGUGGACCGAAUCCUCCGGUAGCUCCCUUACCAGCGGAGGCGGAAGCGGCCAAGGUGGCUGGAAAUGCUUUCUUCAAAGACGGCAAAUAUCCAGAGGCGAUCGAGAAGUAUUCGGAGGCGAUCACCAUUGCACCGACGUCCGCCGCUCUGUAUGCGAAUCGCGCUGCGUCAUAUCUCAAAUUAACGGAUCCGGAACUGGACUUGGCUUUGGCAGAUGCUCAGAAGGCGACAGAAGUCGAGCCUAAAUGGGGCAAGGGGUAUUAUCGACUCGGAGAAGCCUUGCAGGCGUUGGGUCGAGACGAAGAAGCAGUCAAGGUGUUUGAGAAUGCUGUAGAAACGUCACAAGGAUUGGUUCAAACGGAGGCGAAGCGAAAGCUGGGGGAGUUGAAGAAGAAACUGGGCUGGCAUUGA